AGACGUGCGCCGUGCUGAGGACAUCCUGUUUCAAUUUUGCCACGAUGCUGACGAGACUGCUUCUGCUUUAUUGUCUUACAGGUCAUGUGUUUUCCAAAGAACCGCCUGAUAUGGACUGUUUGGUGGUGCAUCUGAAAUAUGUCCACUGUUCCUGGAAUAAGCAGGGGACUCCCCAGGUCAAUUACACCUUCUAUGGCUGGUUUCAAAAUGACAAGGCAAAGGAGUGCCCCAGCUAUCUGUCAGAGAAGAACAUAACCACGGGAUGUAACCAACCAUAUGAGAAUCCACUCAACAGGUUCAGCACAUUUCACACCAAACUUGAACACGGCAACACCAGUUUUCGGAGGGAGUAUAAUCUUAAAGAAAAAGUCAAGUUAAAUCCACCAACCAACCUGACUGUCCAGAAUAGAUCUGACUCAAAUCUGUGGCUCAGCUGGACCCAGAUUUCACCUAAUUGUGUGGAUAGUGAAGUCCGCUACAGGAUCAACAACAGGAAUUGGGCAACUUCUCGUCCUGGUCCUGGGACGCAAAAUUACUGCAUCAACUUGCCUUCCCACAAUUCCCUGUAUGAGCUGCAAGUGCGGAGCAAAAUAACUUUCGCCUGUGGAGACUCUGACUUCUGGAGUGACUGGAGUGAACCCGUGUUCUGGGGAUCCAACAACAGCACGGCCCCUAACCCAGUGAAGAGUUCAACAUCUGUGUGGACUCCAGUGCUGUACGUGGUGGGUGCCUUUAUCCUGAUCCUGCUGGUCAUGAUGUUACUGCACCACGAGAGAAUCAGAAUCAUCUUCAUCCCUGUGGUUCCCAAACCAUCCGCAAAGCUUCACAACCCCGAGGAUUGGUUUCAGUUCCCCAAAGGCCUGAAAGAAAGCUUUAACUACAAUGAGCGUCCCUGUCCUGUUCGUGAGUACUGCCAUGUCCCCCAGACUGACAGCGAGAGCUCCGACUGCUCCACCUGCUCUGCCACCACUGACCAAACCAACUGCUCCGUCCUUAUCCCUGGGACUGAAUCCGACCUGACCACCCCCUGCUCCUCCUCCACCUCCACCGUUACAGUCUAGUGUGCGGAGGAGAAACAGUUUCUGUUUAGAGGCAUCUCAGUCAGGGUUACGUUUCCCAAAACUUUACAAUCCACACUGUCUUUCACUGACACAUAUCCAUACAUGGCUGCAACAAUCAGAAAAAUUAGGAUAAAACUAAAUCUGUUUGAUGCAUGUAACCCUUGAACAACUGGAGUAACAUCAGUUUUCUUGUGAUGCCUUUCACCAGCAUUUAGACCUCUGGAACUAAUUGGCCUGAUUUCUUAAAAAAAAAAAAAAAACAAAAAAAAACAAAACAGGAAAACAUAAUGAGCAACUUAACCAGAAAUGUCCAAAAAAAUGCAAAGAAAAAUUGAAAAAGGAGACAAGAAUUAUUGGAAAUUGUUAGCUAGUACCAAAAAACGGGUAACUACUGUAUUUAUAACUCUUGUAAUUGAAUUAAAAAUUAUGCAACAGGGGGGAAAAAAGUAUAUACAUAUACAUUAUCUGCAUGUCAGCACUUUUUUGCAUGUCAUUGUCUCGUAAUUUUUUUUGUAAUUUUUUUUUGGCCAUUCCUUCUUAAGUUGCUUGUGCCCUAUUCUCAUGUUUUUGAAAGAAAGCAAGUCAAUAUUCUCAGGUAUCAAAGGGUUUAAAGCAAUUUAUUCAAUUAAAUUUCUUAAUGGUAAAGAAUGCCAACAACCUGAUGCAGCAGUUAUAGGUUAAAAAAAAAGCUUCUUUUUUUUUUUUUUUUACGCUAAUAAAAAUGUUAAAAUAAUUUUAUCAGUGCCAUUCGGUUCAAAGCCACUCUUGAAAAUACACUUUAAGGUAUAAAUAUAUACAAAGUAAUUGUCAACCACUUUGAGGCACCAGUGUUUACUGUAGCAGUUUCUUUGUGGUCUGUAUAUUUGACUGUAAUAGAGCACAUUGAAGUUCCACUCACGUCAGAGAAGAGACAUAAAACUUCCACUUCCUCUCAUCCCUUCCGAUCUCUGAAUUGUGACUGUAAAUUUAAACAAUUAGAAGUCCUUUAAAAAAAAAAGGAAGCACCCACGUAUCAGUUCGUUACUGUUCAGAAAUCCAGCUUCACUUUGUUGAUAAACAAGAAUGUAACGUCAGCAGGAGUAAAAAGAAGGAAAAGCCACACUAAAGUUACUAAAUCAGAAUCUAUAUCAGCAAAGCAGGACUUCACUCCUCUGGAUACUUCCAGUAUGACCAAAUUGUAAAAUCACUGUCUUCUUCAUUUUUGCUUCAGUUUGUCACUUUUUUUUUUAAAUCUGCAAUUCAGAAAUGUUAUUCUUCUGCCUAAAUUCAGCAAAGCGGUAUUGUUUUAAUGUGUAUUGAUGUACGUGUACAUUUUUCAUAAAUUUAAAGGAAUAUCAUGCAGGAAUCGUUGGUCAGUAUCGGCAGCGAAAGUGACAGCCAGCCCCAUAUUAUGUUUUGUCAUAUUUGCAGGGACCUUUUUCUUCUCCUUUUUUUAUCUACGCACUGUGUCCAUGAUUUCCUUUGCUCCCUCUUGCUGCUUACGAGCUGACACCUGGUCGCUAUCUCCCAACCUGACUUGCAGACUACACUCAGGAAUACCCGAACACAGCAAAAUAAGAAGAAAUAGGGAAAAUACAGGCAAAGUUCAGAGUCACUGCAGAUAAAUACACCGCCACAUAUUUCUAGUGGGUCAUAAAUGAUGACUGAUGAUAUAUGAUGAUGAUAAAUGAUAGAUAGAUAGAUAGAUAGAUAGAUAGAUAAACAAACAAAGAGAGUCAAAUCAGAUCUUCAGCAUUGGAUUAGGUUAUUAGCUGUUAUUUUAGCAGACUGAUCAUUAUAAAAAGUCUCAGUAUCUGUAUCAGAGUCAGCAAUUCUGACUCUUUAUUACUUGAUAUCUGAAUGUAACCAAAUUUGUUGCUAUUGCCAACUCCUUGUAACCCGGUGACAUGGCUGCAUGUCGUAGGCCUAAUAUAACAAUUUUCAACCCAGGCUGAUAUUUUUGUAUUAUAUGCCUUUAAUUUUUUAAUGGUCAUCUAUCUUAAUAUCUUUGAAUGUACUUUUUCAAUAUGAUUGGAUGUUUUUGUAACCUACUAUGUAUCUUUUAUACAUACAGUAUCUGUUAUGACCUGUUCUUGAUCAAUAAAUAUUUAGAUUUUCAUGUAAA